AAACUGCGAAAACAAACUGAAUAAUAGUACUGAACUCUAAUCGAAUCGAUCAGUGCUAAGAUCUGCAAUGGCUCAGUCUCAGGUACCCCAAAUAGCAAUUCUUGGAGCUGGCAUAUUUGUCAAAACUCAAUACAUUCCCAGAUUAGCUGAAAUUCCUCACCUCUUUGUUCUAAGAGCUAUCUGGAGUCGCAGUGAGGAAUCUGCCAGAAGUGCUGUUGAAAUAGCACGGAAGCAUUUCCCAGAUGUGGAAUGUAAGUGGGGAGAUGCCGGGCUUGAAGAUAUCAUUAAGAAUAGUUCCAUUACAGGUGUUGCCGUUGUUCUUGCUGGACAAACCAUGGUGGAUAUGUCAUUGAGGUUGCUUAAGGCAGGAAAGCAUGUCCUUCAAGAGAAACCAGCCGCUUCAACUGUGGACGAGGCAGAAACAGCAUUGACUCACUAUAAUUCUCUAAGCGCCACACUGACUCAUCAACCAAUAUGGGCUGUAGCAGAAAAUUAUCGCUUCGAACCUGCCUUCAUUGAGGGCAAAAAACUAAUUUCUGAAAUUGGAGAGAUGAUGAAUAUCCAAGUAAUCGUUGAAGGAUCAAUGAACAACUCAAAUCCUUACUUCUCCAGCUCCUGGAGACGCCAGUUUGUUGGUGGUUUCAUUCUAGACAUGGGUGUACAUUUUGUAGCUGGACUAAGGAUGCUUGUUGGAUGUGAGAUUGCAUCUUUGUCAGCCAUGAAUUCUCAUGUCGAUAAGACUUUGCCUCCUCCUGAUAACAUCUCGUCUAUGUUUCAGCUGGAGAAUGGGUGUUCAGGAGUUUUUGUGAUGGUGGUAUCUUCAAAAUCACCAAAGAUAAUCUGGCGAGUUGUCGGUUUGAAUGGAGUGCUGCAAGUUGAUCGCGGUAACAAGGAUGGAAAACAUGGCUACUCGGUUCACCUUCAUAUGGUUGAUGGUCAAAGCAAGAGCUUCUUUUAUCCUUUUAGCGGGGUCACUGACGAACUGAAAACAUUUCUAUCAGAUGUAUCAACGGCCAACCUGAAGAAGGACCAAAGUUCAAACAUCGAUCCUCGUCUCUCAUUUUCUGAAGGUGCUCGUGAUGUUGCUGUUUUGGAUGCAAUGCUCGAAUCAGGAAAGAGACAAGGAGCUCUAGUCCAAGUAAAAAAGUUCUAGUUUUACGCAGCCAUUACUCUCCUUGAAUAUUCAUGCACAAGAUUCUUGAUCUUUAUACCAUGGAGCGGAUACGCUACAGAGAAAAAAAGUGAUUCAUAAUUUGAGGUUACAGAAAAAGGAUCGAUCGAGAGAUCUUACUGUCUCUAAACUCUUGAAGAUUUCUAGGACAAAACCAUUGUACUCUUUUGGACCCUAUUAUGUAGCUGAAAAACCUCUUGUUCUAUGAGAUCCUUUAUGUUUUCCAGGGUUAGAAGAAAGAAAAGUUUGGACUAUAUAUAUGGAAACAAAUGUACUAUAUGAGCUGGAAUUUUUGUUACCUAACAUUGUUUCAAGCUGAAUAAAAGUGAUGGAAAUUAAUUUUAAUCCUA